GUUGGCAUCGAGUGGGGCUCGUCGCCAUGUCUGAGGCCGCGUUCCAGAAGGCCGCCGAGGAGGUGAAGCAGCUCAAGUCCCAACCCACGGACCAGGAGAUGCUCGACGUCUAUAGCCACUACAAACAGGCCACGGUGGGCGACGUGAACACGGACCGCCCUGGUAUGCUGGACUUCAAAGGCAAAGCAAAGUGGGAUGCCUGGAAUGCAUUGAAAGGAAUGUCCAAAGAAGAUGCAAUGAAAGCUUACGUAGCAAAAGUGGAAGAACUGAAGGGCAAAUAUGGCAUCUGAGGACUGGCGAUAGCAGCCACUUGCACACCUGAAACAUGCCUUAUUUCUAAUACUGUGGAAAACUGAUUUCUGAGAAUAAUUUUAAAUACCUAGUAUAUUACAGUUGGUUUUCCUCAUGCCUGUGGUUCAGGGGAAGUUGUGUACCCGCCUAAUGUACUGACACGUUAUAAAUUCCUUCUGGGAAUGAAAUCUGGAACUCAUUAAAGUGGGUUUGGU